AUGGAGGAAGGCUACCAAAACCGGACUGCCUUCAUAAAAGGCGCCAAAGACAUUGCCAAAGAAGUCAAGCGGCAAGCAUCCAAGAAGGUCGGCCGCUCAGUGGAUCGCGUGACCGACGAGUACAGCAAGCGCUCCUACAGCCGCUUUGAGGAGGACGACGAUGAUUAUCCCACGCAGGGGAGCCAGGACGGAGGCUAUUACCGCGGCGACAGCCAGGCGGCCAACGACGACGAGGGCGGCCACAGCGACUCCACGGAGGGUCACGACGAAGAUGACGAGAUCUACGAGGGCGAGUAUCAAGGAAUACCCCGGGCUGAAUCAGGCAAGGGCAGCCUGGCCGGAGGUCCGGGCUCGGUGAGGGCCGGCGCCCAGGAGUUCUCAGACACCGGAGUGUCCGAGGCCGAGAGGAGGAAGGACCAGGAAGAGCUGGCUCAGCAGUACGAGACCAUUUUACAAGAGUGUGGUCACGGGAAGUUCCAGUGGACCCUGUACUUUGUGCUGGGGUUGGCUCUCAUGGCAGAUGGUGUGGAGAUCUUCGUUGUCGGGUUCGUCCUGCCCAGUGCCGAGAAGGACAUGUGCCUCUCUGAGCCUAACAAAAGCAUGCUGGGUCUCAUCGUAUAUUUUGGGAUGAUGGUCGGUGCUUUCCUCUGGGGCGCUCUGGCUGACCGGAUAGGCCGUCGACAGUCUCUCCUCAUCUCUCUCUCCAUCAAUAGCAUCUUCUCCUUCUUCUCCUCCUUCGUCCAGGGCUACAGCACCUUUCUGUUUUGCCGACUGCUCUCAGGUGUUGGGAUUGGUGGCUCCAUCCCCAUCGUGUUUUCCUACUAUUCAGAAUUUCUGUCCCAAGAGAAGCGUGGCGAGCACCUCAGUUGGCUCUGCAUGUUCUGGAUGAUAGGGGGAAUAUACGCGUCCGCCAUGGCCUGGGCCAUAAUCCCACAUUAUGGAUGGAGUUUCCAGAUGGGCUCUGCGUAUCAGUUCCAUAGCUGGCGCGUCUUUGUGUUGGUGUGCGCUUUUCCCUCCGUUGCGGCCAUCGCCGCCCUCAGCGCCAUGCCAGAGAGCCCACGCUUCUACUUAGAGAAUGGCAAACAUGACGAAGGCUGGAUGAUUCUGAAGCAGGUUCACGACACUAACAUGCGAGCUAAGGGACACCCGGAGAAGGUGUUUUCUGUCACCACAAUUAAGACGGUGAAGCAGAUGGAUGAGUUGACGGACAUCGGCACAGAUACUCCGAUGUGGCAACGCUACAGGAUGAAGAUUAUCAGCCUCUCCCAACAGAUUCGGAAUAACAUCCUUGCCUGCUUCAACCCGGAAUACAAACGGAGGACUUUCAUGCUCAUGGCUGUUUGGUUUACAAUGUCUUUCAGCUACUACGGUUUGACGGUGUGGUUCCCAGACAUGAUCAAGUACAUCCAGAAGCAGGAAUAUGACUCACGCACAAAGACCUUCACCAAGGAACGAGUGGAGCACGUCACCUUUAACUUCACGCUGGAAAACCAAGUGCAUCUCGAAGGACACUACUUCAAUGACAAGUUCCUCAACCUGAAGAUGAAGUCCAUGGUGUUUGAAGACUCGGUGUUUGAGGAGUGCUACUUUGAGGACAUCACCUCCAUACAUACCAUCUUUAGAAACUGCACCUUCGUUGCAAGUUUGUUCUACAACACGGAUUUAUUUAAAUACAGGUUUGUCAACUGUAAACUGCUCAACAGCACCUUCCUCCACAACAAGGAGGGCUGCAUGCUCGACUUCAGCGACGACUUCAACAAUGCCUACAUGAUAUACUUUGUUAACUUCCUCGGCACGUUGGCGGUGUUGCCUGGCAACAUCGUGUCGGCCCUAUUAAUGGACAAAAUUGGGCGUCUAAGGAUGCUGGCGGGAUCCAGUGUGAUAUCUUGUGUCAGCUGUUUCUUCCUGAUGUUCGGAAACAGUGAGUCGGGGAUGAUUGCCCUGUUGUGCUUGUUUGGGGGCAUCAGCAUCGCCUCGUGGAACGCCCUGGAUGUGAUAACAGUAGAACUCUAUCCCUCCGAUAAAAGAACCACUGCGUUUGGCUUCCUGAAUGCCCUCUGUAAGCUGGCGGCGGUCCUGGGCAUCAGCAUCUUCCAGUCAUUCGUCGGCAUCACCAAGGCGGUGCCCAUCAUAUUUGCUGCUGGCGCACUCGCUGCAGGUAGUUUCCUUGCAACAAAGUUGCCUGAAACCAGAGGCCAAGUGUUGCAGUAAACAAAACGAACAGAGGCGGGCAGCAGAGCGCGGCUGGAGCGUUGGUUGUGUUUGACAACCAAGAGCCCGAACAUCCCAGAGAGCUUCAGCGCUGCCCGACACACGGAGCAGACGGCCAUCCCCAUUGUAAGCCCAGAAUCCUUUGAAAUAUGGAUUGCAUCACUAUUGAGUCUAUAUGGGGAUUCUAGAGAGGAGCACACAGAAAUAAAUAUGACAAAUAUAUCUGAACUUUCAGCUGCCCUGUCAGGUUCUAAAAAAAAUAUUUUUGGGUGUAAGACGCAAAGGGAGAUGCAGUACAAAUUGUAAUGUGCAGUGAGGAUUAAAUGUAACUUUCUGGGAGUUUUCUCUCACAGGCCCACAAAUCUACAAUCUAUAACGCUAUUGAGAAGACAGACAUUGCAAAAGAAGCAAUUCGUGAGGGAAGGUGAAAAGAUUUAGUCCAUCUGUGUGGUUGGUUUUUGAACAUGAAUGCGGUGUUUUUAUUUGUUGUCUGGCCUCAGUAACUGGCUUUCACUGCUGCUGUUUCAUUUGCUGCUUGUACAGUUACCUUAACAUUUCCAUUCAGGCGGAUGUCUCUGCUUCGAUUACAAGCUUUCCUUUAGAAAUGCAUUGAGAAUGAAUUUCAUGGUGAAAAAUAUUUUCUCUAUAAAUCACUCGUGAUCCUCGACCACUGCCUACUACUGAAGCCAGACCUGUUUCUACCAAAUAAUGAGAAAACAUUCCAGUGGGCUUGAUAUAUCCAGAAAGAGACUGCAACAUGUCGUUGCAUGACUCAAAUCUACUUCUCUACUAAAAGCCUCACAACACAGACAGGUGAAGAUCCAUUUCACAGGAUUCUCUCUUCUGAAUGGGAAUCGUUUGAUUCAGCUCCUCUGUGUUCAGUGUUAAAGUAACGUUUCCCCUCGCUGUUGUUGCUCCAUACUGCUGUGGCAGUAUGAUGUCUGCAACACAAAGAUGUCUUUGCGACCGAUUUUGGUCAUGUGUGUAAUGUGAGGACAGGUACUGUUGUGUAAUAUUUGCCUAAAAUUAGUUGUGCGAGUGUGCAUGUGUGUCUUUGUUAUGUGAGACAAGAGAAAGUGUCCAUUUCACGCAAGUGUGGUUCACGUCUUAUUGAUCCAAUAGAGGAAUGUAGUGAACAACAGUCACACAUUCAUUAAAAAAAAUAUAUGUAGCUCAGGUCUGGUGAAAUCUUUUGGCCACUUUACCAGCUGGUAUCACAUUAAAGCACCACGCUAACAAAUUAUUGUACAGGCCUGACGGUUUUCUGGUAUUCCUGAUUAAUCCAUCUCACAUGCAUAGCUGCGUUAGUUAGCCUUUUUUCCAAAGCAAGUCAUUUAAUUAUGUGUGAAAAGUGACUUCUUGACAUUGUAAACAAAAGUUUGACAAACGUACAAUCCUUUUACAGAGCUUGUUCAUAGCAAAGAAAAAAUCGAUGACAUUUCUCUUUUUAUCACUGUCGUUUGUUUUGUUUUUCUUUUCCGAUUGCAUAACAUACAUGCAAUGCAGUAUCCUCGCUUAAGAUAGUUUAAAUGCCCCUUAAACGUCAUGGUGGGACUUCGUUAUACUCAUAAGCACAUGUCAAAUGGGACCAAGAGAAGAAAACAUUCCUGAUGAUCACGAAGCACACAUCCAUUGUCUGUUCUUCUUUUAAGGGCUCGUGUUCCUCUCAUCCUUUCAUACAUCCAUUUUGUGCACGUUAUUCCUCACUGUGUGCGAUGAUGUCGCUUAUUAGAAAAGUACUCGAGAAAAUUUCAGAUUUUGACUAAAUUGAACCCAGUCACUCUAAAGGAAAGUUAACCACAUUUUAUACACAUCACCACGUCCCCAAAGGUGUGCAUCGCUGUGUGUGCUGACAAUCAGUGGUGGAGUAUGUGUGUGUGCUGCUGCCCAUACAGUAUGUUGUGUAAACACAUUCUCUGGUAUAUGUGUGUUUGUGUGUUCAGGAUGUUAGAGGCUUUAUCUUUGUUCUUGAUCCAUAUGAUCGAUAUGUGUCUGUGGGAUUGAUUUUAAAAGAAUAAUUUAAUUCAAUCUGAACCCCUCAUUGGUCUGUGCGCUGUUGAAGCUAGCCGGCGGUUAGCUUAAUUUAGCAUGAAUACUGGAAAGAGGAGGGUUUGUAAGCCAGGCUGCUUUUAAAGGCAACAAAGCCGUUGUUUUUGUACAGAUUAAAUAAAAAGUAUAUUAGUGAUAUUUACAGGUAGGCUAUUAGUAGCUGGAAUUUGUUGCCUUUGGAUUAAGUCAUGCUAACGGUUUCCCUCUGUUUCCAGUCUGUAUGCUAAGCUAACCUCCAAGUUGACUGCACAGGCAUAGAAAUGAAGGCCAUAAACCUAAACGCGUUGGUUUGAAGGAAUAAAGUUGUUCUCUAUUCUCCAAGUGCUGCUGGAGUUUCAACCUCUUCUGGUGAAAUUUAACCGACGGAAAAAAAACAUUUCCCAAAAUGUUGAACUUUUCCUUUAACGGUGUCCAGUCUACGUUGCAUUCUGAGAAUUGAAUCUUUCCUGUUUGUAUUAAAUGACAAAUACAUCAUGUCUUGUUUGUGCUGGAGAGACAGUUUGGAUUUGUUGUGUGUGUGUGUGUGUGUGUCUAAAUUGUCUGUCCACAUAUUUUUCUACUUCUUUCUGUUGCGAUGUUUUCAUCCCUGCGAUGAAUAAAGCUCAAUUGGGGACCACGGAAAUAUAUUUACACAGAGAGAAGAAAAAAAUAAUAUAUGCAGUGUAUAAUAGUGUUGUGUUCUUCAUAAUAGACCCGGGUGCUCUUUUGCUGAUACAAUUCAGUCUUUAAAACAAAAUCCCAUCAAAGAUACAGUUACAGAGAUCUGUGAUUAGAAAAAUGGAAAAGGAAAACAUUUUAAUUUCACAAAGACAACUUUUCCCUCUUUCUGUAUUCAACCAAUCGUGACGCAUGUUUGUGUCGUGUUGUCUCACUUCUUGGACGUCCCGUAUGCCAGCUGUUUUUGUCUAAAGCAAGAACUAGUGUUUUUCAUUGUUGUAUGAUGACAGAUUUGUUGCUUGCAGUGGUUCUUAAUCAAAGUGGGAUUGAAAUAGGUGAAACGUGUGUUUGUUUUCUGAAAGUAAACUAGUGGUGACUGUUCCUCGUUUACCUUGGACCCAGGUAACUUAAUAUAUGUAUAACACAUAUAUAAUCUAUCCGGAAUUUAGAACAUGAGUGUAAUUCAUCUUGUCAGAGGUAAAAUAAAUGGCCAGAAAAGGGCAAUAUUCAUGAAGGGAGAUGGACAAAAAGUAAAAUUUUACAUUAACGUUCAUUCAUGAAAGUUUUAAAAGAGGGAAGUGAGUAAUUUUGUCAAGGUUUCCCCAAUUUUGAGAAAAGGUUGUUCAAUCAUAAGGGCCCCCUCUCAUCAAAUUGAAGCUCCUGUUCAAGAUGUACAAGUUUACUAUAAAUGUCACUGUAGAAUUUGCAUUCUAGAUGUAUGAACUAUCUGAAGGGUCACUGGUUUGAGUUUUAUACAUCAGGACGGCAGUGAUACAGAAUGAGUUAGCAACCGCCGCUCUGAUAAGGGAUGGGGGACUUUUUAAUGGCAUGUUUGUCUCACCUGUAAAGAGCACAUGGAUCAGUCCUGAAAGACGGAAACAAUCGGCAAACUGCCAGAAAAGAACUCUCAUCUGCAAAGAACGGCUGGAAUCCUUCAAGACACUGAAGGAUGUUUGUCCAUUUUUUAGUUUGACUCCGAGCUGUUUACUCUAAAUGUGAGUUAUAUUUAAAAAGAAAAAAAAAAAAAAGAAAAAAACUUUGUGUGGAAACUGUAGUCGUUUGUACGUGCAAGCUUGGAAUUUGUGGAACAAAAGAUCAAGGAAAAACUAUUCCCCAAAAAAGUUCUAUGACAACUAUUGUGUGUCGUCUUGGUUUUGUAAAUGAACAAAUUCCGUGCUGCUGGUGGAUAAUAUUUUAGUGAUGCUGAAAGGUUCUGUAUUUAUUUUAUGUGAGUUAAAUAUGCUGGGAUUUGCACUUGUGUGCCAAUUAUCCAGCUUUGUCAAGCAAAUGAUAAAUUAUGGAAAUAAAACUUUCAGAAAUCCAA